AUGGGUAUGGAGACCCGCGUGGCCGCCGUGGGAAGCAGUGACGAGGCCCCCAGUCCACAGCCAGCACUGAAAAGGAUGACCCACGCCCUGAGCAGCACUCUCCCGACCCCAAGGUCAAUGGCGAGCAGCUCGGGGAUGGAUGCGGCAACUUUGGCCUACCUCGGGGUUUGCUCCCUGGUCGUGACCACCUGCGUGUGUGGCAUAGUGGGCAAUGGCCUGGUGGUGUGGCUGCUGAGCUGCCGCGCGCACAGGUCCCCCUUCCACGUCUAUGUGCUCAACCUGGCGGUGGCCGACCUCCUCUUCCUCCUCUGCAUGGCUGCCUUGGUGGGGCUGGAAACCCAGCCGCUGGCCGAGCUGAACAGAGACAGCCACGAGGUGGAGGUCAUCAAGGCCUACGAGGUGCUGAGUAGAACCAAGUAUUUCGCCUACACCGCCGGCCUGAGCCUGCUGACGGCCAUCAGCACCCAGCGCUGUGUCUCUGUCCUCUUCCCCAUCUGGUACAAGUGUCACCAGCCCCGGCACCUGUCGGCCGUGGUGUGCGCCGUGCUCUGGGCGCUGUCCCUUCUGAUGAACACGCUGGCCUCUUUCUUCUGCAGCUGGUUCUGGAAUCCCCAGAAACAGCAGUGUUUCAAGGUGGACAUGGUUUUCGGGGUGCUCAUCAUUGGGGUCUUUGUGCCCGUGAUGACCCUGUCCAGCGCCAUCCUCUAUGUCCGGGUGCGGAGGAGCUCCCUGCUCCAGCGGCAGAGGCCCCGGAGGCUGUUCGUGGUCAUCCUGGUCUCCGUCUUGGUGUUCCUCGUGUGCUCGCUGCCCCUGGGCCUCUACUGGUUCGUCCUGUACUGGGUGGGCCUGCCUCGGGAAGUGUGGCUCCUGUACACGAGUCUGUCCCGCCUUUCCUCCUCCAUUGGCAGCAGUGCCAACCCCGUCAUCUACUUCCUGGUGGGCAGCCAGAGGAGCCGGGGGCUGCAGGAGUCCCUGGGGGCUGUGCUGGGCCGGGCACUGCGGGAGGAGCCCGAGCUGGAGGGGAGGGAGACACCCUCCACGGCCACCAACGAGGGCAUCUGA